UGUUUGGCCCAUUCGCAAAGAGAGUGAGUGCUUGUGAUUUCGUGUCGUUUUUUUGUCUCGCUAUUUUAUGUGGUCGCAACAUGGUUUUUCUCUAUAAAAAAUGUGCACUUGACACCAAUGACAAAUUCGGCAGGUUUGUGCUUGCAGCCGAAGACAUAAAAGCCGGCGAGUUACUGUUGAGUGAAUCGCCACUUGUGUGCGGCCCAUAUUGGGACUGUCCAAUGAACUGUUUGAAUUGUUAUGCGCCAUCGGACACAACGUGCAAGAAGUGCAAAGUGGUUCCAUUGUGCUGGAAUUGCUAUGACAGUCAUAAUGCAAUCGAAUGUGAAACAUUGAAAAAGCUUGAAUUGCCCGACACAUUUCUAAUCGAUAAUUUCGGUGUGGUGACACCGUUGCGUGUUUUAUUAUUAUUUUAUCGAUAUGCUGAGCAAAAUGCACGGGCAAACGGUGCUACGGCUACGGACGAUCUAAAAUAUCAAAUCGAUGAACUGAUGUGCAUGGAAUCGCAUUGCGACAAACGACACGGUACAUGGAUUUGGAAUGAGCACGCAAAAAAUGUGAUUCAACCGUUGCGCUCGAUAAAUAUCGAUGCAAAAUUCCAAUCGCUCAAUGCACCAUGGACGUUGACUGAUGAUUUUCUGCAGAAAUUGUGCGGCAUUCUGGAUGUGAACACCAUGGAAGUUCGAACGAAACACUUUGAGGAGUUUCCCGUACGGGGUCUAUACACUCAAGCAGCCCUCUUAGCUCACGAUUGCAUUGGAAACACAUUCAUAAGCGUUGACAACAAUAAACAACUGAAAGUCUACGCCAGUUUGGAUAUUAAAAUGGGCGAAAUAGUCUAUAGCAAUUAUACUGCUUCGCUGUAUGGUACUGAAGCGCGGCAAGAGCAUUUAACAAAGGGAAAAUAUUUUGAGUGCGAGUGCUCGCGAUGCAUGGAUCCCACGGAGUUUGGGACACAUUUGAGCUCAAUGCGAUGUCAAUCGUGCACCAUGGGCUACAUGAUUCGCAUGGAUGGUAAAACCACAUGGAAAUGCUUAAAUUGCAAUACAAAUGUGCCAAGCGAACAAAUCCAAUUGAUUUUACGCGACAUUCGGCUACAGGUCCAACAAAUUAGCCCAAACAUUGAACGCAUCGAAUUGCUCAUCACCAAAUACACGCAAAUACUCCAUCCAAAUCAUUAUUUACUCAUUGAAUUGAAACAAAAAUUGGCAGCAGUCAUACGUCACAUGAGCGCUACCGCAUAUGAUAAUGCCACCAAUUCCUUUGUCAGUGCCGCAGCCGCCACCAAUGCUGUCAGUAGCAACCAACGCAUACUUUCACCUCUAGAAAAUCUACUGCAACGCAAAAUUGACUUGUGCGAAGAGUUCAUUCCGCUACUUAAUAUUUUGCAGCCGGGCAUUUCGCGCUUGAGAGCAAUCGCAAUGUACGAACAAUUUGCUCCGCUUGUACAACUCGCUCGACUACAGCAUCAACAGAAAAUUAUUACCGAUGCCGAAUAUUUGCACCAACUAAACGAGGCUGAAAAAAUAGCAAAGGAAUCAAUCGGAAUGCUUUUGUAUGAGCCAGCGACAAAUCCCGAAGGAAUGCUGGCCAAACAAGCAAUGUACGAACUCAAAGAGCUUCGUAUAAUCAGGCAGCGGAUUGAAAAAAUUAUGAAAAAAAAAUCAUCUGCACACAAAAUCACAACGAAAGCCUGAUCGAAUGGAGCAAAUAUAAUGAAUCUUUUUUUGUAUGUGUUCAUAGAAAUAAAAUGCGUUUUUUUUUACCGGAUUUAAAGUAAAGUUUUAAU